AUGAAUCCAACAAAGAUUUCAAGAAUGUCAGCAGCAAAGCUUUCGGUUUGUUUCGACAUGGUCAUAUCCAAAAACUGGAAAUCGCACGGGACGACGACGACGACGACGACAAGGUACACUUGUGAUUGCUUACCUGAAAUGAAGAAAAACUUGAAGUAUAACAUACAACUGUCACUGUGUAAUAACGGUGAACAGGAAGGUAAAAUCACGUUUGCUAGCUGUGCUUGCCCAGCUGGUAAGGGUCCAUGUGGCUCUUGUAAACACAUAGCUGCUCUUUGUUAUGCUCUUAAAGAAUUUGUGAGACUUAAGUGCACACGGGAAUAGGGUCCUUUCGACAUUCUCGGACGCGUGUUCCUGAGAACUAGAAACCAACAUGUGAACGAGGCUUAGAGGACAAAAUGGAUGCCAGCUCUGGUGCGGGCAUCUUCAGCACUAAACCAGUUCCUUGGUUAAAAGAAUAUUUAAAACAAAGAGGCAUUCAAAGCUCGGGAGAAUGAACUAGUAGAACUUUGUGUAAAAAGUGAGGAGAUAAAAGUCCCGAAAAUCUCAUAAGAAGAAGAGCCAGUCGAUCCAGCAAUUUCAAUGAAAGAGCAACUGAAAACUAACAAUGACGGGUACUUGGCCAAUCCGUUGAACAAAGAAAAUCAGGCUUUUGGUAAAUGGACCCACAAUUUUUCGGAAGUACCAGACUUUAGAUUUCCUGAUCUUUUUAAUUAUCUAGUGGGAAAGGAUCCCGGGUAUAACGCCGAAAGCCUAAAAAGUUACAAAUCUCUUCUGGGAUACAAGUUGUACUUCGAUGGACACGUAGAAGACCUUUGUUACCAUCCGCCACAAUCUAGUGCCAGCAGUUACAGUUAUUUUCUGUUUGCUGUAAAGCCAACUGAAAGGUCCAAGGCUGACGAUGGGUCAGCAACAUAUAAGGGUUUUUUUAUUUUAAAGAAGGAUGGAAGUGUGCAUUCAGCCUACUGCCCAUGCAAAGGAGGGUACAUGUAUGUAUUUUCAUUUACUCUUACUAUAAGGUAAGUAGCCUUAAGAUGUACAAUGAGCUAGAGUCAUUUGAAAUAUAUACGAGCUAAAAGUCUAAAAUGAGAGAUGUAUGUUUACCUGUUAUGAUCAGCUGAUGAAUUGUUGGACUAUUUUUAAUGUUAAUGUAAACAACAUACAGAUAUGCUAUAUAUGAAAGACAUUAAUUUAAAAAAAACCCAGCUAACUAAAUGAAUAAAUAAAAAAUGAAACUUGUGUGAUAAUAUAUCACUACUAACUUUCAAAGAAAAAAAAAAUUAAGCUAUUGGCUACAUUUCAGUGUACCAAAUGUUUCACUCUGCUAUAAGAUUAAUAUACAGAAAAAACAAGCAGAUGACUGAAAAUCACUUGCUUUUUUGAUCAUUUUAUUUGUGUGAGGACAAUGUUUAAUAAAUAUCAGUCAUCUUGGUCUCUAUUUGAUAGGGCAGAUGGAGGUUGUCGCCACAUAGCUGCAGCACUGUUUGAUCUGGAAGCAAGCAUACGAUUCAAUGAUCUCCAGUCAUGUACAUCAAGAUAAUGCAUGUGGAAAAAGAAAGGAAAGAGAAAUGAGGGAAGUUUGCCUAUUCAGGAGCUACAAACAAAUAGUGGUGGCUAUGGUGUGACAGUAAAAGACUCUGCAAAGCCAAGAGAUUUUAAUCCACUUUGUAUUCCUUAUGACCCAGCUGAAUUAGAACAACAGUUCAAAGCUGGGUUGCUGGAAACAUUCCCAGGUUCUUCAGCUCUUCCUUUCUUACAUUCAGCUGAAGAACCAGGGCAAACAGAGGAAGAAAUCAGGGCUUUGAUAAGUGAUGAUUUAAAUGUCAGUAAACAAGAAAGUGUUCAAAGUGUUGAUGUUUAUUCAAUGAGUGAUUACGCUAAAGUGUUUGUUUCUGUUAAUAUUGAAAAAGUGACACCUACAGUCUCUACAGAACUUGCAACUGAGUUCCUUGAGUCUAUUUCAUUUAAUGAAGAGCAAGCAGAAAUGAUCAACAAAAAGACUGUCAAUCAAUCCCAGUCCCAAUUUUGGUUUGAUCAAAGGGCAGGAAGAAUUACAGCUUCCUCAUUUUACACCAUGUGCCACCUCAGAGAGAGCACAGACAAGAGAAACACUGUGAAGCAUCUUAUGAAUUACUGUCCAAUUGCUGAAGAUGCAAUGCCAAAACAGUUAACAUGGGGUCAUGAAAAGGAAAAGAAAGCACUUGAUCUCUACAUUAAAAAACAAAAGAGAAACCAUGAGAAGUUGUCAAUAAAAAACAGUGGACUAAUAGUAAACACACUAUGGCCCUGCUUGGGAGCCAGUCCUGAUGGUGUCAGGAUUUGUGAGUGCUGUCAGAAGAAGUUAAUUGAAAUUAAGAGCAUGUAUGCAAAAAGAAAUCUCCCUCCACAGGUUGCAGCUGAGGAGAAGCUCGUGUUUGUUGGUGACAAAUAUAUACUAAAAAAAGAAACAAAAUGGAACUAUCAAAUUCAGGGUCUGAUGGGAAUAACAGGGAUUCAUUGCUGUGAUCUAGUUAUUUAUACCUUCAAAGGAAUAUUGAUUGUCGAUGUCAAGUUUGACAGUGAGUUGUGGAACGAAAUGCUUGAGAAGCUGAGAAACUUUUUCUUAAAGUACAUAGUUCAGGAACUCUUUCACCAUGACAUACUUAAAUCAUUAUAAGGGACUAUCAUUGGUGGUGAAUGCUGAUGCUCAAUGCUGGAUAAUUCCUCAGUGGGUCUAAAGAAGAUUUUUGAUAUGUGUUAUUAACCAUUAACAUAAACUGACUGGUAAUUGUUCAAAGUUACAAACUUAUUGUGCUUCUCAGCUCACAAGGCAGCAGUAGUUAUUUAGCCAGGGGUGGUAGCAAAUUGCACAGAGCAGCACACACACUAAAAAUGUUGUCAGCAAUGGGCAGCAUUGGAACAAGAAAGUUCCCUUGUAGAAUUCUAAAGUCCUUAAGUCGUCCAAUGGCACGUUCUACAUGGAUCCGAACACUGGCAAUGGCACGGGUAGAUUUUACUGCCUUCUUAGACAGUUGCUUUCCUGAGUAAAAAAAGAGAUUUCAAAUUAAGUAAAUGCCAGCUUGAGAAGCUACUGAUAGAGAAGUACUUGCUGUUUUUCAGUCAAAGCUGUUUAUGUUAAAUAUCAAAGCACCUAGAAAAGAGAUCACAUAUGAUGGGAACUGCAGCCUUUAUAAACAUAUUUGUGAGAUUGAGUUAAAGUAAUGGUUACAUGUAUCUCCCUGAUGAGCAGCUUGCCUUAACCAUUAAUAAAAAUACUGAUAAGAAUUUGUACCUGUUAAGUAACUUCAACUUCAUUGUUACUACCAAUUAGAUAUAGGUAUGUUGCUAUAUCAGAUUUUUUACCAGCCUAAGGAGACCAUCUGUUUGCUUUUUCCAUACCUUCUCUCAUUCCUUCCCUCUGAAACUCCCUUUAUCUAACUUAACCACUAAAUUUUAAAGGGUGAGUUACCUUUGCAAAGUGGUGGGAUAUUAAGUGCUACUUUCUUUCUUGUAAGCAGAUCCCUGAUGUUGAAGCCUUUGUCUGCCAUAACACAAUCCCCCUCUUCAAGUUUGUCCAAUAGACCACUUUUUUCAGUAAUAUAUCUAUCGCUGACAUUUCCAGUCCAUAGUUUAGAAACAAAGGUGAAAUAACCUGUAGGUGAGAUUCCCACUAGUGCUUUCAUUGUGUUGUGCUGUUUAUAGUUACUCCAGGUGGCCCUCUGGGCACUAGGGGAUGUUGGCUUUUGUAAAUAUAUCUCAGUACAGUCUAUUAUUAUUCUUGUGCUAGGAAACUUACAAAAAGACCGUGGUAAAGUUUUCUUAAUGUCUUCCUUACAAGGCCAUUUAAGGAGAAUGUCACGAAAAACUGUAGACAGAAAACAAACCCAAGUUGUAAAGACUUUGCUAACUGUUCCCUCUGAUACUCCAAAUAUAUCUGAAAUAUGUCUGCUUAAAAGCCCAAGUCUGAGUCUCACCAAAGUUAAGAUGAACUCUUCCAUAAUGGUCAAUAAUCUUUGCUUUCCAGGCUUUUUUUUGCUUGAAUCUUUUUGAUACGUAACUUCCUUCUCUUUGUUUUUGUCCCAGUACUUAAGUUUUUCUGCAAAGGGCUUUAACAAAUUAAAUAUCAUUGUUAAGCAAGCCAGGCUAGGUAUCCCUGUGUAAAAUUUGACUGGCUCGUCAUCUUUUAAAACAUCAUCCACAAAUAGCUCUCUUUUCAGCUGCUUGCUGUUUGUCAACUUUGCCUUAAGAUUUGCGUUUUCCUCCUUCAAAGUAUUAAUUUCACUGUUUAAAACCUGUAAAUCUUCAAAAGGAAAUUCUGUUUGAGUUCCCUUGUCAUUGUUUAGAAGACACUGACAAUAAUUGUGAUCCAAAAGAACUGCCUCGUUGCUUGUUGCGACCCAGGUAUCUUUGCCUUCCUUUGUAACCGUCCUACUCUUUUUAGGUUUAGGACAUUGCUCAUGAGAUGUUCGUUUCUUCCUAUCAUCCAGUCUUUUUUCACGAGAAGAAACAGGACCCUCGUUUGUUGAGGGAUUAAAAUACUUCGGCAAUUCACCUGGAAUAAUUUCUCUUCUCCCGCCAAGGGAAUUUUUGAUGGAGGAAGCCUCGAAAUGUGCACUGCAAAUCCGAGGGUUUUUUUGAGCUCGGAAUUUGGGAUCAUUUUGUCGACAAAAGUUCUUCCAAAGCCUUCUAGAAUUCUGUUCGGAAGGGAAGCAGAAAAAGGAAAGAUCCGGACGAUUCCUAGAACUGUUCAAGCAGUUCGCUACAGAACAAAAAUUCACCAUAACUUUGGAAAAAUAAUGGUAACUUACACAUUACAUACAGUGCACCGGUUUCUGUUUUUAAUUUUCCCCGCGCGCGGUCCUCUAAGCCUCGUUUGCAUGUUCAUUUCUAGUUCUCAGGAAGGCGCGUCCAAUGAUAUCGAAAGGACCCUAUUUGAAACGUGUACCUCAAGACUGCAAACUUGGAACCAGCCGAGAAAGAGGAAGCUUGACUCUCAGUCCGUUUAUGAAAUUGAUUUCUCAAAAAAAAUUUAUAGAAGAGAAGAAAGGAACAAUGCUAAGCCUUUGAAUGAUCCAAGACGUCCAUCUGAAAGGAACAAUGAUCCGAAAAAUGUCAACAGAGAACUGCUUGAUAAAAUAAAAAGAGUGAAACCGAAUUGUGGUUUCUUUUGUCUACUGUCAGAUGAGAAACUUGACCAAAAUAAAAAUGACAUCAUUUCUCCAAUUAAAGAGCACCCAGUCUCACUCACUGAUAUUUUUGACCGGGCAAAAAUAAUUAAGAGAAAUCUCGUGGGUAGUGAUCAAGAGAGACAGAACAUUGCACUUGCCACAAAAGCUCAAAGUAACUGUCAGGCAUGGUUUGAACACAGACGUGUUCGUAUUACAGCCUCUCAGAGCAAACGAGCAUUAAUAAAGCCUUCUACUAGCCCAACAAAAGCAAUGAAGGAAAUCUUACACUAUAACAAUCAAUACCAAAGAAAUAAAAUGAAACAGGGACUGAAAGAUGAAAAGAAGAUCAUACUGGAGUAUGAAAACAAACUGGAUUGCAAAGUCAGUGAAACAGGUUUUGUUAUAUCUCAGAGUCAUCCUUUCUUUGGGGCCUCUCCAGAUGGGGAGGUAGAUGGGGGACUAGUGGAGAUGAAAAGAAUCUUCACAGAUGGCCUAUCUCUAAAGGAGGCAGUGUGUAAACGUCGUAUAUGUAGAGACACUUGUCAUGGAUUGGUGAUUAACAGGAAUCAUAAGUUCUAUUACCAAGUCCAGCAGCUGAUGCUUUGCACCAAAUCAUCCUGGACUGAUCUGGUACUCUCUGACACUGUUAAUUUAAUUAUUUUACAUGUGAGGAAGGAUAAGAAAUUCCUCUCUGACAUAGUCCCAAAACUGGAAAAGUUGUAUGACAACCACAUCUCUUUGGAACUAGCAUACCCAAGAGUUUAUUAUGGACUUGCUAGAUUGAGUAAACUAAUUAACUGA